CCGCGCUGAGGGCCCUGCCCCCGGAGAAGCCGCCGCCACAGCCAUGGGUCCUGCGCGGCGGUUGUGGCCGCUGCUCUGGCGCACGGUAGUCUCGCAGAGAGCGGGCCCCGCGGCGUCUUCGGUUCCCCAGCUUCCUCGGCUGGCAGAGCGAUGGCUUUCGGCGGGGCCGGAGGCCGGCCCGACCCCGAGCCCAGCGCGCGGCCUGCACCGUGGACCUCAGCCGCAGGAGCGGCCCGAUGGCGAGGCUCGGCUGCACCCGGGAGCCGCAGAUCACAUUGGCUCCAAGUUUGACAUCGAUAUGCUGGUUUCACUUCUGAGGCAAGAAAAUGCAAGAGACAUUUGUGUGAUCAAGGUUCCUCCAGAAAUGAAAUACACAGACUACUUUGUAAUUGGUAGUGGGACUUCCAGCCGGCACUUACACGCUAUGGCCUACUACAUUGUGAAGAUGUAUAAACACCUGAAAUGUAGAAGUGACCCUUAUGUCAAAAUUGAAGGGAAGGACACUGAUGACUGGCUGUGUGUGGAUUUUGGCAGUAUGGUGAUCCAUUUGAUGCUUCCAGAAACCAGAGAAACCUAUGAAUUAGAGAAAUUAUGGACUCUACGUUCUUUUGAUGACCAGUUAGCUCAGAUGGAAGCCGAAACGUUACCUGAAGACUUCAUUCUUGGACUAGAAGAUGACGCCUCAUCCCCGACUCCAGUGGAGUUGAAAUGUGAAUAAAAGCAAUGCCUUUCAUCCCUUA